UGAAUGGCGGCCAGGUGCCAAGUGAAAGGUAAGACAUAAGCUUCCACUUUCAAUCCCGCCCAAGCCCAACAACUACUCCACCCACUUCCCCUCUCUUUUAAUAAAUCAAAAUCUGCUUCUCUUUUCCCAUCCCAAAUCCUCCAAAUUCCUCAAGCCCUAACUCUCUUCGAUCCAACUUUCACCUCUCCGCAAUCCAAAGCUCCUCCUCUGCUUCAACCCAACCAAAAAAAUCCCACCUUUUCACUCAGAAAUGUCCACAAUCCUCCUCCUGUUCAUCCUCCUCUCCUUCUUCCCCUUUUCCACCCCUCAACCGAGCUGCACUCUCAACACCUUUUCCCAAAAUCGAAUCUUUAGUCUCUGCAACUCCCUUCCCGAGCUGUCGAGCACUCUCCACUGGACCUACCAUCCCUCUAACUCUACCGUCGACAUCGCCUACCGCGCUCCGCAAUCUGCCGACGGGUGGAUUGCGUGGGCUCUCAACCCAACCGGCUCUGGCAUGAUCGGUGCCCAAGCAAUCUUCGCCUUUCUCGACUCCACCGGCUCCAUGACCACCAUUUCUUACCCUUUAGCCAACACUCGCCCUAUGGUGAGGAAUAUAAGCCUUAGCUAUAAGGUUUAUAGCAUGGAAUCGGAGUUUUUGAAUGGGAUGAUGGUGAUUUAUGCGACGAUUGAGUUGCCGGGGAAUAAUACGAGGGUUAAUCAUGUGUGGCAGGAGUCAAAUUUGUUUACGAAUGGGUUUCCUAAUGGGCACCGGACGAGUGGCCCCAAUGUUUUAUCGACGGGAGAGCUGGAUUUACUUUCUGGGCAGUUUACGGCUGCUGGGAAUUCCAGGCUUCAUCUCAAGAAUAGGCAUGGAGUCCUGAAUGCAGUGAGUUGGGGCAUUUUGAUGCCUAUUGGAGCUAUCAUGGCGAGGUACUUGAGGGUGUUCAAGUCUGCAGAUCCAGCAUGGUUCUACCUUCAUGUUGCUUGCCAGAUCUCGGCUUAUGUUGUUGGGGUUGCUGGAUGGGGAAUUGGCCUUAAACUUGGGAGUGAUUCUAAAGGAAUUACAUACCAAACCCACCGAAACAUUGGGAUUGCUCUCUUCUGCUUAGCUACCCUUCAGGUGUUUGCAUUGCUUAUGAGACCCAACAAAAACCACAAGCAUCGCCUUUACUGGAACAUCUACCACCAUCUCACUGGCUACAGUGUCAUAAUCCUCAGUGUGAUCAAUAUUUUCAAAGGAUUUGAUAUCUUAGAACCUGAGAACAAAUGGAAACAUGCUUACAUUGCAAUCAUCUCAGCUCUUGGAGGCAUUUCAGUGAUUCUUGAAGCUGUAACUUGGGCUAUUGUUCUGAAUAGAAAGAAAUCUGAGAGUUCUGAAAAGUUUCAACAGGGUGGAAAUGGAGUGAAUGGAAAGACUGGUCAUGAUAGCAGACAGCAUCAGGAAGCUUAGUUCUGAUCUCUUCUUUGUAUAGUAGUUAUAAUUUCAUUGUUUUUUCAUGAUUAUUUUUUAUUUGGCUUUCUUUUUAAUAAUCUUUUGUACUUAACAGAGUUGUAAUUUUGUUUAAGGGUUGAGGCAUCAGCUUUAGCUUGUUUGUUCUUGCUAGUUGGAGACAUGGAUCUUCUGUAUAGUGCCUCUUUUACCCUUCAUAUUGUGUUGCUAUUGCAUAUUUAUCUGUUGUUUUUUUGUCUCUUUUUAGUUUGUCUUGUAAGGGCAUUUCUGGUGUUGUUUGUAAUAAAGAAAAAUUCACCUUAAUCUAUCCCUUUGGAAUGCGAAAUAUAGAUUUGAGCCAUAA